AUGCAAGCAUUAAACACUUCAAAGUAUAGAGGAGUACUCUCGCUUCUCCAAUCCUAAGCUAGAAGAAACUUCUCCAUAGUAGCUCCUUCAGCCAAACUUGUCUUCAUAGAUCAUCCUAGAUAUGGCAAGGUCUAUCCUGUUGUUUGUAUCAAUGAGAAGGAGCAUUACUUUAAGACUGCUAAAUUGGGUUGCUUCGCAAGUUCAGUUGUCAAUACAUCGAUCAUAUAUCAACUUUUUAUUCAGCCAAUUUUUAUCCCCACUGUAGCCUCAGUGAUAUGCAACCCUCUUUUUUUCUUACCAUCAUUCAUGAUGAACUACGUGAUGUGGGCUAAGUACUACAUUUUUUUCUACAACAGAUCAUUUCUCGUGAAUAUGUAUUUAAAGCCAAAUGGAAGGCAAAUUAUUGUGGAAACUCUUGAUGGAGAGUCGAAGGUGAUCAACAACAUGGAUAUAUUUAAAGCAGAACCUAUUAAUACCAGAUUUAGCAAUAGAAUUGACUUUUAUCAUGGAGCUAAUAACUAUAUAUUCAUUCAUGGAAACUCGCAUGCCUUUGAUAAUCAAAUCUUAACUGCAGUCUUGACCAAUAACUUCGUAGAUGUAAAUAAUGUUGCCUAUGACUAUGAUGUUACCAAGGAAUUCACCUGGGAUUUCAAAGAACUUGUUGAGAUUAAGAAACGCAGAACUAUUCUUAAUAGAUUUUAUAAACCAACUUUGAAGGUAUUGCAUAGUUUAAAGAAUGCCAAGCAAUACGAAUAAAACAAAAAAGAAGGAGUGUUAAAGGCAAAUAGGAAAGUCAUAAAGCCCUAUCAAGUGUUCUCAUUCUUUCCAGAUCAAUAUGAGAAAGAUGCCAUUAAGUAGCAAUAGAUCGAUAAAUAUGAGCUUCAAAGAAACUUUGCUGGCUCUAAAAAUUACUAGGAAUUAGAACAAAAAAAGAUCAAAACCAGUAAAACAGAGUCUCUAGGAAGAAGAGUUUAAAACAUUCCCAAGUCUCUACAUUUGUCCAAAUGA